GGCCGCUCUACUUCCCCACUCGCUCAUAAGCCUCCUCUUAGACCCUUCUGCUCGCAUCCCUGCGAUCACUCUACUAUUCUCCUUCCUCAGCCUCGUUGUUGCGGGAGGGUACCGCCAAAGGAGCACGAUGGCAUUGGCAUUCGAUGAAUAUGGCCGGCCCUUCAUCAUCAUUAAGGAGCAGGAACAGAAGAGCCGGCUGCGGGGGCUGGACGCCCAGAAGGCCAACAUCAAUGCUGGCAAAGCCGUUGCUCGUAUCCUCCGUACCUCCCUCGGUCCCAAAGGCAUGGACAAGAUGCUUCAGAGCCCAGAUGGUGAUGUCACCAUCACAAAUGAUGGUGCAACAAUAUUGGAGCUGAUGGAUGUGGACAAUCAGAUAGCAAAAUUAAUGGUAGAAUUGUCUAGGAGUCAAGACUAUGAAAUUGGUGAUGGCACCACUGGAGUUGUUGUAAUGGCUGGUGCACUUUUAGAACAGGCUGAGAAGCUACUUGAACGUGGCAUUCAUCCUGUUAGGGUUGCUGAGGGAUAUGAAUUGGCAUCACGGAUAGCUGUUGAACAUCUUGAGCAUAUUGCCCAAAAAUUUGAAUUUAAUGUGACCAAUAUAGAACCUCUUGUACGAACUUGCAUGACAACUUUAUCUUCAAAGAUAGUCAAUCGUUGCAAACAAACUUUAGCUGAAAUAGCUGUUAAAGCUGUGCUAGCAGUUGCAGAUUUAGAGAGAAAAGAUGUCAAUUUGGAUUUGAUUAAGGUAGAAGGAAAGGUUGGAGGAAAGCUGGAAGAUACUGAGCUCGUCUAUGGGAUCAUUGUUGACAAGGAUAUGAGCCAUCCUCAGAUGCCCAAAAUAAUUGAAGAUGCAAAAAUUGCUAUUUUGACCUGCCCAUUUGAGCCACCCAAGCCAAAGACAAAGCAUAAGGUGGACAUUGACACUGUGGAGAAGUUUCAAACUUUAAGACAGCAAGAGCUGAAGUAUUUUGAUGACAUGGUCCAGAAAUGUAAGGAUGUUGGUGCCACUCUGGUCAUUUGUCAGUGGGGUUUUGAUGAUGAGGCAAAUCACUUAUUGAUGCAUCGCAACUUGCCUGCUGUUAGAUGGGUUGGGGGUGUGGAAUUGGAACUGAUUGCGAUUGCUACAGGUGGAAGAAUUGUUCCUCGAUUCCAGGAAUUGACACCAGAAAAGUUGGGAAGGGCUGGUCUAGUUAGGGAAAAAUCAUUUGGGACUACAAAGGACCGGAUGUUAUAUAUUGAGCAAUGUGCAAACUCCAGGGCUGUGACAAUAUUCAUCCGUGGAGGUAAUAAAAUGAUGAUUGAGGAAACAAAGCGUAGCAUCCAUGAUGCACUUUGUGUGGCAAGGAAUCUCAUCCGUAACAAGUCGAUUGUGUAUGGUGGUGGAUCUGCUGAAAUUUCUUGUUCAAUUGCUGUUGACGCUGCUGCAUAUAGAUAUCGAGGAGUGGAGCAGUAUGCAAUCAGAUCCUUUGCCGAAGCUCUAGAUUCCAUCCCAAUGGCCCUUGCAGAGAACAGUGGUCUCCAACCAAUAGAAACACUCUCUGCCGUUAAAUUACAGCAAAUUAAGGAGAAUACUCCUUUUUGUGGAAUUGACUGUAAUGAUGUUGGUACGAACAACAUGCAAGAGCAGAACGUCUUUGAGACAUUGAUUGGGAAACAGCAGCAGAUCCUCCUUGCAACGCAGGUCGUCAAGAUGAUUCUUAAGAUUGAUGAUGUGAUUUCUCCAUCUGAGUAUUAAUUUGAAUUUUUUUUUCCUGCGUUUGUAUCCCUAUGUUUAAAGCCUUGUUUGUUUUGCUGUAUUGUUAGUCUGACCGGGUUGCAAGAAUUUUGUCUAAUUAUUGGAUCAGUUUUAAGCUGUAUUUUAAGAAUGUGUUAUGCUCAUCUUAACUAGCUCGUAUGUAAUUUUAAGUGGUUUUGGAGAAUGUGCUAUGCUCAUCUUAACUUAGAUGUAAUGAAAAUUGCAAUUUUAAUAUCGGUUGAUUUGUC